CCGGUGUCAUUUCCCCUCAAUAACGAAAACACAGCUCCACGUUCAUGCUCGUGUCUGGUCUUCCCCGGUUUCCUUGUUCUGUCCAUCGAUUCAUUUAAUCACCUUAAAUUGCGUGUCGAAUACUCGAAACAGUGUUCCCACUCAUGAACUUGACCCAUCAAUCCACUAGUCUUUUUUUCCAGUCUUUGUUGCUUAUAUUAUUAUCACAUAUAUACCAAAACAAUCCUACUCCUUCACAAUCAGAUCAUUUUCUCAUUAAAAAGGAGUUAGCACUAGGAACAGGUUAGAGAUAUGGCAAAAGUUGGGGUGAUCAUUCUUCUCUCGUCGUUGUUGGUGGUGACAACAGCGUCGUCGUUCACGGUGGUUGAAGGGUUGGGAUGUCGAACGCCGAUAAACGACGUGAAGAACAACAAGGAGAUCCAAGAGCUCGGGAGGUUCUCGGUGGAAGAGUAUAACAGGCGGAGGCAAGGACGGUUACGUCAUAACGGUGGUGGGUCGUCGUCGUCAACGGCGGCAUUGGUUUUUUCUCAAGUGGUGGAGGCUGAGAAACAGGUGGUUUCCGGGAUCAAGUAUUAUCUCAAGAUUAACGCCAUGCAGGGUGGACUAUCCAAGACCUUUGAAUCGGUUGGUUUGGUUAAACCUUGGGUUAAAUCCAAGGAUUUGCUUAACUUUUCCCCUUCUAAACAAUAAAAAUGAGUCAUUUCCCAUGUUUGGUUCUAUGUUUUGAGGGUCUUUGGACAUGCAAUCUUUAAUCAAUAAAGAGAUGAAUAAGAAAUAUGGUGAU